AUGGGUGUCCGUAUUUUGGUCCGAAGGGCACGAACGGUGUUUAGCCGCAUAGCGGCUUCUGACGCUGGAAGCUCAGUUGACACACCCGCAGUGGAUGGAACGACCGCAGAGGAAAGCAAGAGAGAUCCUGCCGCCGAUGCUGAAGUUCAGCAGCCGGAACUGCCGUCGGAAGAUCUGCAGCAUGGUGUCAGGGAUAUCGAGGCCAUCACCAUGACCUGGUCCAAGCGAACAUUGAUUAUGGUUUUUCUCAAUAUCUGGUUCCUAUACUUCGUCAACGCCUUCCAAUCCACGGUUUUCUCCAGCUUGAGCCCCUAUGUCUCCAGUUCUUUCACGGCCCACUCGCUGUCCGGUGUGCCUACUGCGCUUGCCGAUGCUUUCUCGGCAGCAAUUUACAUUCCCGUCGGAAAGAUGAUGGAUACUUGGGGCCGUGCGGAGGGAUUCUUGCUGAUGACAUGCUUCGCUACCCUCGGAUUGAUUCUCUUGGCCGCUUGCAACAGCUUUGCCAUCUACUGCACUGCAUACGUAUUCUAUUCCAUUGGUUUCAGUGGUAUGGAAUAUGCCAUUGAUGUCAUGACGGCGGAUGCCUCCAAAUUGAAGAACCGAGGCCUGGCGUUUGCCUUCACCUCUUCACCAUACAUCAUUACCGCCUUUGCUGGACCGAAGGUAGCAGAUGAGUUCUACUAUCAGGUCAGCUGGCGAUGGGGCCUGGGCUGCUGGGCUAUUAUCUUCCCUAUCGUGGCGGCGCCUUUGUACUUCAUGCUCAAGAUCAAUCUUCGCAAAGCCGAAAGGGAAGGUCAUCGAAUCCAGGAAAAGAGUGACCGCACAUUCUUGCAAAGUGUGUGGCAUUGGAUUAUUCAGUUUGAUUUGCCCGGCGUUGUCAUGUUUACCGUCGGCCUAGUCCUCUUCGAACUUCCUUUCGACAUCGCGUCUGAAGCCCCCAACGGCUGGGGCUCGGGUUAUAUCAUUGCCAUGCUUGUGGUCGGAUUCUCGAUGCUCUUUUUCUUCGCUAUCUAUGAAAAGUGGGUGGCCCCUGUGCCUUUGCUCAAUAUCGUCUUCCUCACCGAUCGAACCGUUGUCGGAGCCUGUCUUUUGGAUGCCACUUACCAGCUAUCUUACUACUGCUGGAACAAUUACUAUACAUCCUUCCUCCAGGUAGUCAACAACUUGACGAUCGCCGAGGCUGGAUAUGUGAACAACACAUUCGAUGUCGUGUCCGGUGUGUUACUUCUCAUCGUCGGCUGGAUUAUCCGAAGGACUGGUCGUUUCAAGUGGCUGUUAUACAUCUCUGUUCCGCUUUACAUCUUCGCCCAGGGCUUGAUGAUCUAUUUCCGCAAGCCUGGUAUGGGAGUCGGAUACCAGAUCAUGUGCCAGAUUUUCAUUUCGAUCGGUGGUUCGAUUUUCAUUCUCGUCGAGCAGAUUGCCAUUUUGGCCGCUGUCGAUCACCAACACGUUGCUGCUGCACUGGGUUUAUUGAACGUCGUUGGUACUAUCGGCGAUUCCGCUGGUUAUACUAUUUGCACAGCCAUUUGGACCAAUACCUUCCCCAAUGCUCUUGCGAGAUACCUCCCAGAGUCGGCUAUGUCAAACUUCGAGAACAUUUACGAAGAUAUCACAGUGCAGACUGGCUAUCCCAUGGGGAGCGAGGUGAGACUGGCCAUCCAGAAAGCCUACGCCUAUUCUGAAGUCCGUAUGCUUUCGACUGGUUUGGGUAUCAUGGGCCUGGCCAUUGCCUGGACCAUCAUGAUUAGAGAUAUUGAUCUCAAGAAGACUGCCCAGGUCAAGGGUACUGUUUUCUAA